GCAGUGAGUCUAUGACGACAGAAAUGUUUUGAUUUUGAUUGUUUUUGAUCUUCUCUCUGAGUCGGACGAGAAGAGUUCUAACAACAACAACAAUCGUUGGUGGUUGGGGAGACGAUUUGCAAUCAGCUGGGAGACGGAAAAUUGCUGUUGGAUUGAUUGAUUUGUUCUCGUUAAAGCGCAAGGAGGUGAUUGUUAGACGCCCGUCUAAUUCACCCUGGACCACCAUCAACCUGGCGGACGGCACGGACGACGGUUAGGGAGGGAGCACUGGCAGCACUGCCACUGCCUGCGCCAUGGAUCACGCGGUACACGCCGCCCGCGGAAGACCAUGGAACAAACUGCGCUUCGAGAACAACGAGCUGGAAUGUCUCUACCAGCGGUACACGCUCAAACUGCAGCGCUUCUCCGUGACCGGGGUCGUUGCCCUGGUCGUGGUCCUGUGCGGCAUCAUGGCCGGACUCAGUCUCGGCUACAACCAGGCGCCGACGUUACAUAACGUCUUCAACUCGUUCAUGUGUCUGAUGUUCGCCGUAAUCCUUGCGCUGCUUCAGUUUCGCUUCAUCCGGGACUCGCACCUGCCGUACCUGUGCUACGGGAUCCUGUUCUUCACGGCGGCGUUCUGCUUCAUAUCGAUGCCCACCGUUGGGAUAGUGUUUCCCGUGGAUACUCGCGAAGUCAUGGCUGAAGGCGUGUGGCAGAUAGUGUUUGUGGUGUUCUUGGCGUACGCCAUGAUGCCGCUGCAGAUCUGGGAAGCGGUCCUAUUUGGGAUUAUUCUGCCGUCGAUUCACAUCGGGCUGACCGGGUACAACAUCUACACUGAGAAUUUCCAGUAUUUAGCGUAUCAACAGGGUUAA